CACGAAAUGUCGCUCCCCAUCUCAGUUGGAGAUGCUUAUCUCCUCUCGAAGCUGGCUUUCAAAAUCGGGCAUGCAUUAAGCACAAAUCGAAAGGCAGCUGCUGCGGAAAUACAAGAGGUGCAGAACCAGCUUUUCGCUUUGUCAGAGGCACUCAGCUCCGCUGGAGAAGUUACGAAACAGCCAUUUACGUCCCAGCAAGCCUUACAGGCGUUUGGAAAAUUGCUUUCGAACUGUCAGGUGGCACUCAACCAUCUCAAAAGCCUAACGGAGAAAUACGAUGAUGCGGCAUCUCCCGACGGAGCUUCAUGGCGACUGAAGGAGACUGUCGUACGCAAUUGGACGAAAGUUAAAUGGACAACAAAAGGUGGAAACAUUUCCGAUCUGCGUGAGGCAUUAGCGACUCACAUAAGCGCAAUCAAUCUUACCCUUUCAGCCUUGAACACGACUCAAGCCGGACAAAUU